AUGGCCUGGGGCGCCGUGCUGACGCAGUGGUACGUCACCGCUGCCACCGCCUACUGUAUACUGUUGCUGGCGCUUGGACAAGAGCUAGACGAGCCCUACACCGAUGCGGACGAAGAUCGACUCAAGUCAUUUUGGGACACAAGGGUAGAGGUGGACCCUUGCUGCGACGUCAUAUUGGGGGAACCGCUGGAGAUCACCGUUUGGUUCAGAACAGACGGCAAUUUCACGGAAUCAGCCGCUCUCUAUGUCGACCUUCCCCGUCUGACAACGGGCACACUCGAAAACUUGUUCAACGACAGCACAGACAUUGGUCUUGGCGAGCUGGAUGUAAGCCCGUCCACCCUUUGGAGAGGCGCGUGGGAGCAAGGGGUGUACGAUGAAGAUUCUCCAUACGAAGGAUCACGCCUGUUGAUGGUGCUAAAACCUGGCCGGACCUUAGACCCCGAUUCGGAUGAGGAUAUGUUCGUAAGAAUUUCCAAGCGCAACCGCAUCUCAGCGUUCUGCGGGUGGGCGGAGGAUUCGGUAGACUUCCGCCUCUACACGAAUUCCUCGGACUUCGGUGAAGCAAUCAUCGAGACUUCUCCCCGGCUAGGCGACGGAUGCAGAGCGGACUGCUUCGAAAGAGGGGUGUGCGACUACUGCCACGAGGCUUGCCAUUGCCACGAGGGACAAGGGGACAAGACAUUCGACAUCGUAGACAGCGGGGGCUGGACGCGUAUAGAUUGCGCCGACUAUGUGUGUCCUUCGGGGAAAUCGUGGGCGGCGCGGCCGACGACCCUCGAAGGUAGAGGAAGGGCAUCGUUGGAGAAUCAUGGGCUGGAGGAAUGCUCGGGAAACGGCAGCUGCGACCGAACGGAUGCAUCUUGCGUCUGUGCUCCCGGUUUCGAGGGCGACGCCUGCCAACGAACUUAA